AUGUUCGCAUUUGUUACUGUUACAGCAUGCAUCUUUUGCAGAUUUAUCGGUGUAAUGAUUCUUACGUGGAUCGCCAAUGGAAAACGUGUCCAAAAGAUUGGCCUCAUGGACCAAGUAAUCAUGGGCUAUGGCGGUCUUCGUGGAGCAAUCUGCUACGGUCUAGUGAUGACAUUAGAUAAGGACGCUGUUCCCGCUAAGGAUAUGCUGGUUUCAACUACAGUGGUGGUCAUUGUCGUUACCGUAUUCUUCCAGGUA